AACGAGUUGUUGGGAUGGAUCGUCGUUUUGAUGCGCUCUAGCUCGGUGUCGCGCGCGUGAUCUUUCCAAAUCGCGGCGAGGAUCGUUUCGCGCGGAUCUGAUCGCAAUGAAUCGUCUCACCACGAAUGUGGAAGAGCAGCUCAUAGUCAAGGCUAUCCAAGAGGAAGUGACAUGGGAAAAUCUUCCCAAGCGUCUCAAGCUCUUCAUGGCUUCCAAGGAUGACUGGCACAGAAAGAUCAAAGAGUACUGCAUCAAGAAGCGAUUGAAGUGGAGCGAAUGCCACGCUCGGAAUGCCUGUAGAGAAGGCGAGUACUACGACGAUCUAAUGCGCUACCUACGUAAGAACCUUGCGCUUUUCCCGUAUCACCUCUCCGAGAACAUAUGCCGACUCAUGCGAGUUUCUCCAUUUCGAUACUACUGCGAUAUGCUUUACGAGGUGAUGAGAAACGAGAAACCAUACGAUAGUAUUCCCAAUUUUAGUGCGGCUGAUGCUCUGAGAUUGACCGGGAUAGGAAGAAACGAGUUUAUAGAUACCAUGAAUAAGUCUAGAGGAAAGAAGUUUAUGUGGAAGAUGAACAAGUCUAUUGUGAAAGAUAUGCUGCCGACCGUGCCGGUGGAUAUUGCUAUAGAACCAUGGUGGACUGUUUGCGUGGUUAAUCUUUCUCUGGAGGAGUAUCGGAAAUUGUCUCCAGAGGAGCUGUACGUGAUCGACAAGAUUUGUAAGGAGGACAUAAAACUGUACUGCGAGUUUGAUCCGAAGGUCGUGCGGAGUUUGUAUCGCAGGGGACUCGUCUACUUCGACAUUCUGGUGCUUCCAGAUGACCGUUUUCAAGUAUCGAACUUGGAAGGAUUUGUCUCCAAUCGAGAACAGUCAUACGAGGAUCCUAUUGAGGAAGUUUUGUAUGCCGUUUUCGUUGCCUCAAGUGAACACGCAACUAUUUCCGAACUGGCAGCCACAUUACAGGUCGAUCUGGAUCAGCUAGAAGCUGCCGUUUCGGUUGCCUGUCGCCUUGGAUGGGCGACUAAAAUGCUCGAUCCAGCAGCACUAUUGAAUGACUCCAAUCAACCCGGAUCACCUGGAAGCGAAGGCGAAGGUCUUUCUUUCUUUACAAGUCCAGGAGGUCAGAGUCCGUCACACGACGGAGGUGGAGGAGACCAACCCCGUUCCAAGUCCGGAAUUCGAGUUGCAUUUUUAAUAGACGCAAACAUGACAUCGUACCUCAUGAUGGGAUCUUUUUCACCAGGGCUGAAAAAUCAUGCGGUGACUCUAUAUGAGGCUGGUAAGCUCGGUGACAGCAAUAUUGCUGAAUUCUGCAGCGACUUGAAAUCUUUAGAAAGUACAAAGCUUGAGGGGGAGCUUCAGCAGUUCGUCGACCAUGCUUUAAGCCUUCGUUACGCAUUGGAAUGUCUAAGGUCCGGAGGAACAGCUACAGACACUGACGACGAGCUAGAGGAGGCAGGUCCUGGGGUUGUUAAUGGAGAGCUAGAGAACGCUUCAGACUUUGAGUCAGAGUUUUCCUUCAUCAACGGGCAAGGGACGACCGCCAACAGGCUUAGCUUGUCAAGUGACACGGGGCUGGCAGGAAUUGUCCGGGGGAAAAGGAAGAAAUACUACAGAGUGGAUGUUCUUCGAUGUGAAAGCCUGGCAAGUCUGGCCUCAGCCACGCUUCAACGUCUCUUCCAGCGAGACUACAGCUUCGUCGUUUCUAUGAUCCCGCUGGCUUGUCCACCUCUAGUUGCCUCGUAUAACGCGGCGGGUCCAGUGCACUUCGGUCCUCCAUCUCGAGCUGCCGUGACGCCGUGGAUGAAGCUGCUUCUGUACACUGUCUUCGAGUGUGGCCCCGUGUCUGUCGUUCUUCUAAGAGGCCUACGACUGCGAUUGCUUCCACCACCUUUGGCAGGCUGCAGCAAGGCUUUAGUGUGGACGUGGGACGGGUCUACUUUUGCUGGGAUAGGUGGCCGCUUGGAGGGGACCAUGAUUCCGGGAGCAGUUCUCUUGCAUGGCUUGAAUUCGGUGCUGAGGCAUUCAGCAGUCCUCGUGCAGCCUUUUCAAGAAGGGCCGGACUCCUCUCCUGUCACGGUGGACGUUCCACUUCCGCUGAGCGAAGACAGGUUUAAGAGUCACCUUAGCGGCAGCGACGACGAGACACUCCAGUCGUAUAUGGAGUCUGCAGACGAGCUCAGCUUGAAGACUGUUGGAUACAUUCGUUUUCUGCGGGUGGGAAGCCUCGAAGACAGUGUGCGCUGGGUCCCUCAGGCUGUGGAGUUCGGAGUGCCUCUUUCCGACACCGAGCUGUGCAAGGCUGUCUGCGAGGGUGCCGUUUCUUGCGAGCUGUUCCACUUGUUUUCGCUUCCGAAGCACCAGGAUGCAAUGCAGCAGCUGAAGAAGAUGCUUCAUGACUUUAUUGGAGAGUACCAGGCAAAUGGACUAGUGGCGAAGCUUGCUUAUACGGCAGAAAAGACUGAGACGGGCAGGAGGCCAGAGCUUACUGUCAACUUUAGCAGCCGGUGGAACCCGUUUGCGGAGCCUGAUAGCCCGUCGCCCAAGAAGAACCCACGCAGCAGGAGGAGGCAUUCCAGCAUGAUGAGCUUCGACGGAGAUAUCUUGAGAGCUUUCUCGCUUGCUCCAAUCGAUCAAUCACCAAGCGAGCCGUCCUCUGCAAACAAGUCAGACCCUCUCGACGAUCUGGACGUAGGAGACGUCCCUCUUCCGGGCGUAAACUUGGUGUUCGACGGCACCAGUCUCGUGCCUCUGGACAUCGCCCCGUGCUUGCAAGGCAGCCUUGCUCCGAGUCUCGUCGCUCGGGCGAGCGCUCCAACACCGUCGCACAGAUAAGUCUAGUUUUCCGUUUCUCUGGUCAAUUUUUUUCUUCCGGGGGUCAACACCGGGUCAGCGAUCGUAUAUAUAUAUAUAUAUCUUCGA